AUGGCGCUCACUGAUAUUGGAGGCACUUUGUCCGAGCAGGAGCGUAUACAACUGAUCAGAACGAUCAUCUUCGGGUGGGACGUGAAAACGCGCCUGGAGGUGCUCGAAGGUCUCCGUGACGCGAUAGAGAAGCGAGCAGGGCAAGUCAUCUUGAAUACAAGCGGACCACGGAACGGACGUGUGUUAGCAAAAGAGCAGCAAAAGUUCCACAAACAAGACUUCAAUACGUCAUAUGACCAGAAGCAUGAGCCUGACAACGUCCUUACAAAGAAGGCCGAGGGCGAUUUUGCAAGUGGAGGCGCCAUGAUCGCAAAGGGCAACAACAGUCAUCAGACCCGUAUGCCUAUUCACGCCGGCUUGAAGAGAAAGGCGCAAGAGCAGAACGAGUGCGCAAGGAAGAAAUCCAAAGGAAAUGACCAUAUUAUGCAUGACGAAAUACUUGGCGAAUCAGAAGAGGGAAGGAUGUUAGACCAUAAUGGACAUGAGGAAGCGAUGGACAGCCACAUUGAAGGUGAGCCGGAAGACAUGGAAGAAGAAGAUUCGCCUCCAUCUAUCAGUGCUGUGCUUGCGAAAUACGCAGCUGGCGAGCCAAAGCGUCGAAAGUGGAGGGGUCGCACGGCUGACACGCCAAUGAGGCACGAUCUGGAUGGCGUUGCUGAAGGGAACGUGUCCGACGACGAGCAGGUUAUCAUUGGAGAGGACAGUGACUUCUGGCGCGAACGGUAG